ACAAUAUCAACAGGCUGUGUGUCUUGUCAGUCUAGGUAUAGAUCAGUAUCGUAAGCGCAGCCACACCACACGGAUACUGGCCUGCAGCUCAAUAAGGCAUGUUGGUCGCUGCUCCUCCUUGCGAUUAGCGCUUUGAGAAGCAUUACGGAACGCUGGCAGUGCGAGUCAGCACGCGCCGUGAUGAUUUCGCUAGCUGUCUUUUGCGACUCUCGCGUUGUAAAGAAACAAGCGACAUGAACAAUCUUGAUUUUUCUUAGUUGCUGAAGUUGGGUUGCUGUAGCUGUCUCCCGUUGAAGGAGGUCACUUUCUGUGCGGUUUUCGGCUUACCGUUUCUUUGCGGAUGAUGUCGAGAGCAGUCUAGCUUUGAAAAGCCAAAAAAAAAAACACACACACUUUCGGUGCGGUUUCGGGCUUACCGUGUCUUUGCGGAUGAUACUGCUAGCAGUCUUCCAGCAUGCAUAAGGACACACGGCAACGACCUGGUCCCGUGAGAGGCGGGCCAGGCAGCAAUUCGUGGGACGAAGAUGACGACAUGCCACGUGCGCUCCCCUCUCUUCCACAUCAUCAGCCACGUCAGCUUCUCCGCCCCGAGCAGCAGCAGCAGCCGCAGCAGCAAAAACAGCCGCAGCAAGCGCGGCAGGCUCCCCCCCCACAGUCACGCAAACCCCAGCCCCCGUUAGAAGAACAUCAACCGUCCCGCGGCAAGCAGAACUCUAGAGACGCGUACGAGCCGGAUGAACAGUACGAACCUCGUUACUCGAACCAGCGUGAUUCCCGGGAUUCGCGGGAGGUUAGGGAGCAACCGUAUGACCGGAACAACUGGCAAAGAAACGCGCCGGUGCCAGCUCAGCAGCGGCAGAGCGGCUCGGUUCCGUACAGGCGCCCGGUUGCACAGCCGGAUUCUGAGACGGAAACUGAAACGGAGGCGGAAACGGAGGCUGAGACGGAAACGGAAUUCGAGACGGAAGCUGAAACGGAGGCUGAAACGGAGGCUGAAACGGAGGCGGAGACAGAAGUGGAAGAGACGGAAACGGAGUUUGAGGAAGAGGAAGAGGGGGAGGAAACGGAGGAGGAGGAGGUGACUGAAGUGGAGGAAGAAGGGGAGGGAGAGGAGGAGGCGGAGGAGGAGGAUAAGGAUAACAUUCUGGAACAAGUAGCCGAGCUGCUGAGUCAGAUCGAGGCCAUGAUUGCAGCAGGGCCGCAUGGCAAGCUGGAUGAAUACCUCCCGGUGGUGGACCUGCUGCUGAAUGUGCGCAAGGUGCUGGCAGAGGUGGGGGAGAAGGACGCGGGGAGGAGGGCUGACAUGCUGCUCAGGACCGCUAUGGAGGAUCUGGACUACGAGCUAAGAGACAUACUUAAGAGGAGGAGCAAGCAAGCCUCGGCCAGGUUCUCAGCAGACGAGCUGAGGAGGCUCUUUCAGGCGGAGUUCCUCCAUGGGGGGAGCGCGGAGCCUGCAGGGGAGGGGGGGACGGGAAGGGGAGGGGCAGGAGGGAAGGGGGGGGAAAGGGGGGAUGGGAGGAGUGAGGGGAGGAGUGGAGCUCAAGAGGCAGGACCGGAAGGGGAAGAGAAAGCGGGUGGGGAAGGGGGGGAGGAGGAGGGGGGGAGGCGGAAGGGGAAGAGGAAGGUUCCUGAGCUGUUUCCUGUGAGCACGGGGCGGUGGCUGAAUGAGGCGGCAGGGCGGAUGGUGCAGGGAGGGGCGGGAGGAAAGUGCGUGGAAGCUUACAGGUCCGUGAGAGCAGAGGCUGUGAAGGCGCUGAUGGACGAACUCAAGCUGGAGGACGUGCUGAGCCCAGGGGUGAUUCACGAGGCCCCGUGGCGGGUGCUGGAGCAGGCGUCCAAGGAGUGGGUGCAGGCUGCGUAUAUCAUUGGAGCACUCAUCAUCCCCAUGGAGCACCAGACGGCCAACGAGGCGUGGAGGGGCAUGGACACGCAGAGGCGAGCCGCACUGCGAGGAGUGCUGGAGGAUGGUGGCGUCGGGCGACGGGUUUUGUUUCUAGCAGACGUGCUUAGGGCCAUUGUGUCGCGGCGCAUGGCGGAGCAGCUGUUCUCCCUCCUGGACGCUUAUCAAGUGGUUCAAGAGAUCAUGCCAGAGCUCUCUGCCACCUUCCAGGACCUGAAGGUCAGCAGUGUGUGGGGUGCAUGCGAGGGCUUACCUCUCCUCCUGGGGCGAGCGGUGGCGGCGUGCUUCCAGCGGCUGAAGCUGCUUCUGGAAGACUCUGCUGCGUCUAACCUUGCGGAUGCCAUGCGGAAGCCUGUUCCGGCAAAGAAACCGGCUCUUAGCUUCCUCACUCGCAGCGCCACCGCCAACAGCAGCACAGCUGUGGCCCCUGACGAGUCUGUCUAUGAGAUCGUGCCCCGAGGGGGGGCAGUUGACUCCAUCACCAGCUAUGUGGCCAACUACAUCCGCAGCUACAUGCAGAGGCAAGGAGAACGCAGCUACGUUGACUCCUUGACCUCCCUCUUCGCCAUUCUUGAGACCCAUCCGGACGAGGACCCCAACUCCCUCACAGCAGAUUUCGCCCUCCUCCCCCUCCCCUCCACCGCCUCCUCCCUCUCCCCUCUCUCCUCCAAUCCAAUCGCUGCUGCCGCAGCCGCUGCCACGUCAGCAUCUGCCAUGUCAGCAGGGGCGGGCAAUGGGAGGGCGCCAGGUGUCGGGAGGAGCUUGGAGAGUGAGACAGCUCAGCUGGUGAUGGCUUUGAGGAGGAACCUAGAGUCUAGAUCACGGCUUUAUCCAGAAGAGGAGCUACAGCAGCUCUUCCUGAUGAAUAACCUCAAUUAUCUGGUGAAAUCCAUGAAUGACUGGCACGGGUGGCACUCACAGGGCAUUGAAAAGAACCUGUCGGCUGUGAGGAGGGAGGGCGCUAAGGACCUUAUGGUGGCCAUCGCUGAUCUGCACGAUGACAGAGUGGUGCAGCAGCAUGCGGGGGCGUUCCAGUCACUCGCCCUACUCAAGGUGAUGACAGCCCUCAGCACCAACGACGAUGCGGUGCAGCCAUCCCACAGAACUGCUGCGGACUAUGUCAAGGCAGAGAUGCAACGUCUAAAACGGUUCAACUUGGCAUUUGAGGAGCUCCAGGAGAGGCAGAGGCACUGGGCCAUUCCUGACGAUGGGCUGAGGAGGAAGAUCCGGGCGAAAUGGGCGACCACGAUCAAGGAGCGAUACAGGAAGAUGCUGCUGCCGUACUGGGAUGACUUGACAUCAUGCAAGUUCUAUGCCUUCACCCCAGAAAGAGUGGAGGAAAUUAUUCAGCACACUUUCUUUAUGGACCCUUCGGACUGAAACUUGAAAUGUUUAUCAAUGCCCUUGAAAUUGGAGAAUCGAAUGCUUAUCAAUGCUUCGUCCGUCGUUAUUGAACAGUCUGUAGCUGUUACUUACUACAAUCGCGAAUACCAUAUUUCGUAGGACGGACUCUGCAAGACAGCGGAAAACAGGACAUGGUUCUUUCGCGUGUGCUACUCGGCGAUCUUUCAAGUGUUUCUACCAGAUCUGAUCUUCUUAACCUCUUCCACUCACGACCAACGGCUCUUUCGAUUCUCACUUCCCGCACGUUCGAGUUCAUAUAAAAUAAACUCUCCUUUUUUAG